AUGCAUGCAAGACGGUCACGCAGUCUUGUUUUACAAACGCACUGCUUUAAUNACCGUUCAAGGUCAGGACACUACAGUGGGGUUAGGUUUACUNGCUUCUUGCUGUACGUCUUAGAGGCUAAUGCAAGCGAUUUCUUCCCGGACGACGCAAUAGCAACAACACAUUACAGAGGUACAAGCAGAAGUACUCGCGUGGGAGGACUGGAAAUAUUCAGGCUGUACAACAUUUCCGUAGCUGCGAGGACAGUCAAGGGACCCGGUCCUACAAACGAGUCUGUGGUAGUUAGGACCCAUGGCGAAGUUCCUGGAGCAUCUCCCCAGGCCCUCACAGCCUACAACACCAGUACAUCCAGUAUAUAUGCCAGCUGGAAAGAAAUAGUGGCAGAUAAACAACAUGGAAUCAUGCAAGGAUACAAGCUGUUUUUCUAUGAGGUGACAAGGGAAGGAGGCUUAAAAAGCUUGGAAAACUAUACUUAUGAUUUGGCUAUGCACGAGACGACCUUUACGGGACUCAAGACGUACACUAAGUACAGGGCAGAAGUUCAAGGGUUUAAUAAUUAUGGAGACGGCCCUCUUGGAGCUGUGGAGGUGUUCACAGAGGAAAGCAUUCCAACCCAACACCCCAGAAAUUUCACAGCUUUCAAUGGAAGUUCUACCAUAAUACGUGCAACGUGGAGAACUGUGCCCAAAUGCUGUCAACUUGGAGUCAUUCGAGGUUAUCACGUGACCCUGACAGACUCGAGCAACUCUUCAAUAAGUAUAAGAAAUACAGUUCCUGAAUUGUUUACACGGUUCAUAAAUCUUAAAAAGUUUCACACUUACCAGUUGUCCAUAACAGCGUUUACAUCCAAGGGAUCUGGACCCAGCGUGUCCACAACAACAUCGACUGAUCAGGAUGUUCCAGAAGCACCUCCGCAAAAUGUCAGUGGCUAUAACAUGAGCCAGUCGGAAAUCCAGUUAUUUUGGACCCCAGUUCCUGCCGACAAAGUUAAUGGCAUUGUAAUGGGCUACAAAGUCUUCUACCAAAAGGCUCAAGGCUCUCGGGCUGUUCAAUACAAAAGCUUUAAUAGUUCCACCUUUCAGGGUAUAAUAGAUGGACUAAGUCCUUUCACAAUCUACAACCUUGACGUGAGGGCGUUUACCAUUCAAGGAGAUGGGCCUCCCAGUCCUUUUAUUACUGUACAAACAGAAGAAGAAGCUCCUCAAGUUGCACCCAGGACGUUUCGAGGUUUCAAUUCAAGCUCAACUUCCAUCGUGCUGAGUUGGGACCCAAUCCCUCAAGGGCAAGUCGCCGGAAUCCUAAGAAAUUUUCACAUUACGUAUCGCCCGUUAGAUACCGCUGACAACGCCACAUACAACAUCACGUUGCCGAUCACGAACCUGACCCUUGAAAUAACCAAUCUACAGAAAUACACCAACUAUAGUAUUGAUAUUAAAGGAGUUACGAAGUUCAUUGGAGCGGCAACGGAACCGAUUAUCGUCACAACUGGCGAAGAUGUUCCCGGCCUGCCUCCCCAAGAUAUCAAGACACAAAAUUCAAGCUCUACAAGUAUUUCAGUCCAGUGGAAACCAAUCCCCAAAGACCACGUUAAUGGAAUACUCCUGGGAAUUAAACUUUUCUAUCGAUCUGCUCCAAGAGAUAACAGUGUAGUGUUCAGCUCCCGCGCGAGACGUUCAACAGAGGAGGACUGGUCGGAGUAUACUAUCAUCACGUUACAUCCGGGCGCGUUAUCGUAUGAGAUGACUGCUUUGAAGAAAUUCACCAACUACAGUGUUUCCGUACUGGGUUUUACAGCCAAAGGAGACGGAAACGUUAGUCAACAGUUUGUCGUGUCCACUGAUGAAGACGUUCCCAGCAUGCCACCGACCAACUUUAUGCCCAUAUCACGCAGCGGGGACUUCAAGAUGUCGGUGACCUGGGGCCCAGUACCGGAUGGUUUUGUUCACGGUAUUCUGUUGGGCUACCACAUUUAUUACACAAAGAUUCAACAGACAGGCCUGCCUGUUACCACCCAGAUAGAUAAAAAAAUCUUUGGGCCAUAUGACUACAACACCACCAUAUUGCUUCUCGAUAAUUUCGCCAUUUACAAUUUGGAAAUUGCAGCUUUCACGAUUAAAGGUGACGGAGCGAGAUCCCAGAUCAAAGACGGAUCGACGUGUAACUGCCCACGGGUGUUCAAGACAACAUGGUACCCAUUCCCCCCGUACAUCACUUACGAGGACGGCGCAGUUGGAGGCUUUAUUCCUCGCAUCUUAGAAGACGCGGUUGAAUAUUGCUGCAGUGACUGCCGUUUACCCAAUGGAAAAUCAGCGUCUGCCAUCAACUUUGAGCUCGACGGGAGAGGGAACCCAGCGCAGAAGUCUGGUGUCGAGGCACUUAUUAGCAGCAUCGAUUCUCUGACGGAUUUCAGUGUUCCAGUGAAUGGCUAUCAGGGACAGACUCACUACUCUAUUUAUCGUUACGUCAAGUUGGCUGAGUCUCCGGGUGUGGCCUUCAUCACUGUUAUGGACCCCGGCGAGAAAGCUUCCGCCAUCGCAAAUGUUUUCAUUCAAUCAUGGCCGUUGCUUAUUUUGACGUUUAUCAUGAUGCUUGCAGCAGGCAUGGUUAUGUGGAUGAUGGAAUCUCGAUCAAACAGAACAGAAUUUCCAAGAUCCUUCUUUAAAGGAGCUUCCGAAGGAGUGUGGUGGGCUUUCGUCACGUCUACUACGGUUGGGUACGGUGACCGCUGUCCGAAAUGGGUGCUGUCUCGCGUGUUUGCGAUUGCUUGGACCAUGUGCGGCCUCGUUGUUAUUGCCAUAUUGACUGGAAAAAUCGCCACGGUUUUGACAGACUUCGGAUACACAGGACCGUACAUACCACUCUACGGUGCUGAUGUUGCAGCUAUUGCAAACAAUUCUGAUUUUCGACUCGGUGUCCGCAAAAAUGCCAGGAUGAACACAGUUCGCAGCUACAGGACUUACGAGGAAAUCAGCCAAGCACUGAGAGACCAGGAAGUGAAAGGAGCCUUGGUGGACCUUUAUGUGCUGUCCUCUCACAAGCAUCUGUUUGAUGACCCUCGCUUCAGGAUUGUCCGCGUCUACGAUUACAAGGCUAGUUACGGUGUGGUCCUAGCAGGUCACUCUAUGAAACUGGAGGAUUGCUUUACAGAGCACAUUAAGGCGCACACAGCGAGCGUGUUCCAGAAGAUCGAGGAAAAUGUCAAGAUUCUUAAGGAACCAGACGAUAGCCCAGCUGAACAGCAGUCCACAAGUCUUUUUGCCGUACGCUCACCGCAAUUCAUCACCGCAGUCAUAAUUAUCGCUGCCUUGUUGCUUCUUGCUUGUGUUUUAGGAAUCAUCUAUGAAAGUCGUCGAAAGAAGACCAGUAAAGUUUUAAAGCAAAGUAAAGAUCUUAAGAACGAGAUGUCUCCACUUGUCGACAGUUUCCUCGUCAACAUCAAGACAAAGGUAGAAGCUCUAUCAAAACGGCACCGUCAAGACAGAUGUCACGUGAUGCGGCUGGAAAGGGAGCGUGACCAACAAGCAGGCUAUGCAGUCAACAAGUAUUACCAAAUGCUAAGCUUGCGCGACAUUCGACAGCAAUGGUCCCAGCGCCCUUUGUCCGUCAAAAGUGUGGCGUCAUCACUGAAUGGCAAACAUUCUUACAAUCCAACGCUGUGGCCCUUUACUGAGGCAACUAAUCGUUUGUCACCCAAUGUCACGCCAUCCUGGAAACACGGUUUUCUUCCCUCGGGAAAAAGGCAGGGAUUUGACCUCCCGGCUGCUCCUGUCACGCUGGAGCCAAACAUCCGUGUCAUAGACGAAACAAGCUUGUAGGUUUUUACUCCCAGAGGCACGUGCUUUGCAAUGUUUCACCAUUGAUCUGCGUGAUGCGUGAUAGUUCUUAAUGUCGCGUAACACAGAUCGUGACACGUCUUUUUUAACAUUAGCAAAUCAAAUACAGAUUCGGUCUACGUUACGUCAAAUCUAACUACCAUACUUUCGUAAAAUACCAAUUCACUGAGACCAAUGCGAACUGUAUUUACAUAGCAUUAUUAUCCCAGCUGCAGCGAAUACCGCCCAAAUAACAGUACAAAUAUACAGCGAUUUUUUACAAUAACUGUCUAAUUUCCCGGG